AUGGAGCCCGAGUUUGGUCCAGAUAAGCUUCCUCGGCAUCACUCCUCCCGCGGCAACCGAAUUGAGGAUAUACUCGGCCUGUCUUGGUCCAAAUCGACACGCACCUCUCAAUUGCCCAUCACUUCACGCAGGAUGGCAGACACGGCCCAAGACGAAGCCGCUAAAGCGCGCAUCAUUAAGCAUAUGAACGAAGACCACGCCGAGUCCCUCUCCUACUACCUCCAGCACUACUGCCAGCUAUCCGCCAGCGCAGCCCGCAGGUGCAGAAUCUCCGCCAUAACCCUCUCGUCCAUGACCCUCCAAACCUCCACCGGCCACGCGCACACCAUCCCCUUCGACCCGCCCAUGAAGUCCUACUCCGAAGCCCGCGCCCGCAGCGUGCAGAUGGACCGCGCCGCCCGCGCCGCCCUCGACAUCUCCCCCAUCCGCAUCACCGCGUACGAGCCUCCCCGCGGCGGGGUCCAAGCGGGCGUGUUCGCAACGUGCCUGUUCACCAUCGUGGUGCUGGCGACGCACAGGAAGAUGGUGCCGGGCACCUGGGUGUACGAUGGCCCGCUGCAGUGGUUCCCUGGUGGCGCGGCGACGUUCGUGGGGCUGGCGCGCUUGGUGUUCUGGCCGUUUAUAGCGAUCCACUUGUUUGAGAGCUGGUGGCUGAAUCGGACGCGGUUGAGGCGGUAUGGUGUUGAGGUUGGGACGGCGUUGUGGUGGAAGUGGAUCGUUAGUUGCUGCGUCGAAGGCUUUGGUUGCUUUCAGCGGAUCGAUGCGACGGUUCGGAGGAAGACGAAGGAGGCUGAGAAGGCGAAGCAUUAG